CUGUUAUUAUUCUCUGCCAUGACGUGUGAAACGUACAGUAUUAAUCCACGCCAAUAAUGUUAAUUCUGCAAGACCCAAACCCAAAUCCCCAAUCCCAAGCAAGAACUAGAGCUCCAUGUCCAUGGCGACGAAGGAGAUCCCGUGCGUGACCCUGAACACGGGGCACCCGAUGCCGGUGCUGGCCUUCGGCACGGGCUCCUCACGCCCGCCGGCGGACCUGUCCGACACCAUCUUGCACGCCGUCCGCCUGGGCUACCUUCACCUGGACACGGCGUCCAUCUACGGCACGGAGCCCGCCGUGGGCGCCGCCGUGGCCGAGGCCGUCCGCACCGGCGCCAUCGCCUCCCGCGCCGACCUCUUCGUCACCUCCAAGCUCGCCAUGGCCGACGCCCGCCCCGGCCGCGUCGUGCCUGCGCUCCGCGCGUCCCUCGCCCGCCUCAACCUCGACUACCUCGACCUCUUCCUGAUCCACUGGCCCGCCGCCGACGUGUCCUCGUCCCCGGCGCCGGUGGAGUUCGACAUGGAAGGGGUCUGGCGGGACAUGGAGGAGUGCCAGCGGCUGGGUCUGGCGAAAUCGGUCGGCGUCAGCAACUUCUCGGCCGCCAAGAUGUCGGCGCUGCUGUCCCUGGCGGCCGUGCCGCCCGCCGUGAACCAGGUGGAGAUGAACGUCGGGUGGAGGCAGGAGAAGGUGCGCCGUGUCUGCGCCGCCCACGGCGUCGUCGUCGCCGCAUACUCCCCGCUCGGCGCCAACGGCGACGCCUGGGGCUCCGACGCCGUCAUGGAGAGCGCCGUCAUGCGCCAGGUCGCCGCCGCCAGGGGCAAGUCCGUCGCCCAGGUGGCGCUGAGGUGGGUGUAUGAGCAGGGGGUGUGCUUGGUGGCGAGGAGCUUCAACAGGGAGAGGCUGCAGCAGAACAUGGCCAUCUUCGACUGGGAGCUCGGGGAAGAAGACAUGGCCAUGAUCGCCACGAUUCCCCAGAGGAGAGCUUGCAAGGGACAGCAUGUCGUUUCGCCCAAUGGGCCGUACAAGUCAUUUGAGGAGCUCUGGGACGGCGAGAUUUGAUCUGACCAUCUUUCUGAGUAUAUACUGUAUUUCUUCUCCUUUGAACAAUUUGCUGUUUGCAACAAACUCUGUUGUUAAGCCGUAGUAAGGGUAUGAUUAGUGAUGAGUGAGAUGUGUGACUUUUGAUGCUGGAUACUGUAUAUACCAUUCGAUUCUACGUGUAAAUUCCUGGUGUACUUUUAUCCGCAUAAAUAAAUAAAUCCUGGUGUACUUUGUGGUUGCACAAAA